AUGGGUAAAGAGAUGAAAGGGUACUUUGUCAUCCCGAUGCCAGUUAGGGACUUUCUCCAGGAAUUCUUACCAACUUCUCAAAUUCCCGAUUAUGAUUCUUCGUCCUUCACUUCAGCCUUCGCUGUUGGCGCAAUCAACGAUAUAGUCUCUGUUAGAAAUGAGGAACAUGCUUACAAACCCUUUAUUAACGCCAUCACACCUUUCGCUCCUCAACUGUCGUUUGUCGACACUCACAAAUACGAAGACAUGAAAAACUGUUCAAAAUUAAAUUCAACGGUAUUCAACAUCAAGCCGGAUAUCUGCGUGUAUCCCGAUGGAUGUGAACCUUCAUCUCCCAACUGCAAUGUUUCUGCCACAGAAAUCAUCAUAGAAUUCAAAUGGUCACCCUCACACGAUGCAUUCUGUCACCCUCUUGAAUUUCUCAUGGUUCAUCCGCGAUCCAGAUUUGCAAAGCCACUUUGCGACCUCAGUGUGCCCUUUGGGACCUUGGAAUGUGCCAUCCUCAUUGAUUGA